AUGGCUUUCAUGAAAAAGGGGUUCCCGACCCAGAUGCUUUUCCUCAUCGCUCUAGUGGUGUGCUUUAUUGGCAGCGCAACUGCUGAUUCAGUCUCCUGGGACGACGUUCUUGAUGUUCGUGGUAUCGAGGACAUUGAUUAUGAUACAUUCGAUUUGCAGCGUCGAGAUGAAGAGAGCUACCUUGAAGUCCGUAACGGCAACACUCCCCCAGUCUCACCGCUGACCAGCACACCACCUGGUACCCCUCGCCCUGUUUCCCCUUUGUCGCGACACAGCAGCACCAAGUCAAAUGACCGCAAGGACGCUGCUGGUGGUAGCAAGGCAUCUGGAGGUCUCCAUCGAUCAAACGCCAUUAAGCGUAAGGGUGGAAGAACCUCUAAGCGAUCUAACACUCCCCCCGUUUCGCCAUUGACCAGCACACCACCUGGUACCCCUCGCCCUGUUUCCCCUCUGUCGCGACACAGCAGCACCAAGUCAAAUGACCGAAAGGACGCUGCUGGUGGAAGCAAGGCAUCUGGAGGUCUCCAUCGAUCCAACGCUAUCAGACGCAAGGGCGGACGAACCUCCAAGCGAUCAAACACUCCUCCUGUCUCGCCUCUGACCAGCACACCACCCGGCACCCCCCGCCCUGUCUCUCCUCUCUCUCGCCACAGUAGCACCAAGUCAAACGACCGAAAAGAUGCUGGCGGUGGCAGCAAGUCAUCUGGAGGCCUGCACCGAUCAAACGCUGUUCGACGCAAGGGUGGCCGAACAUCGAAGCGAUCCAACACUCCUCCCGUCUCUCCCCUGACCAGCACGCCUCCUGGAACCCCUCGUCCUGUAUCCCCUCUGUCCCGCCACAGCAGCACCAAAUCAAAUGACCGAAAGGACGCUGGUGGCGGCAGCAAGGCAUCUGGGGGCCUGCACCGAUCAAACGCCAUUAAGCGUAAGGGCGGCCGCAAUGGUGGAAAAUAA